AUGUCGAAUUAGCAAAACAUCCAAAUGCUUCAAAGAUAAGUCAGUAAUAAUUCGAGAACCAACAAUACAGAUCAGGAUUCCAAGUUACCCCCUAUUAGAGUCAGAUAGGAAAGCCUGCACCUUAUCAAUACCAAGGCAGUCUCAAAUCCACUCAUUCACUUCAAUCUUCUGUCUAAUAGAACACUGCAGAGAGAUCUACUUGUGAUAGGUGAAAAGGAGUUCAUGAUGUAUGAUCCAAAUAACGAGCAACUCCAUGACUAUGAUAGCAAACUAAGGAGGAUCCAAAAGAAUAUACUUUCUAUUGCUUCCUCGUAAAAUGGCCAAUAUCUAUGCUUAUUCAUGAUUGAGGGAGAUCUAAUGUUGUAUAAGGUUAAGGACAAGCGACUGCUGAAUAUAAAGGGUGUGCAAAAGGUAGAUGCAAAGAGCAUUGAGAAUCCACCUAAACUUUACAUUAAUGAUUCAGCUUCAAUCAUCAUCAUAAGCCACAAAAACUAAGAUUGCUUAUGGAUGUGGACAAUGUCCAAAGAAAAUUAGAAUUUAAACAUCCUAGUAGAUGAUAAGCCAAUGCUACUGCAAAGCGCACCUGACAUCCCCAAAAAGCCCUCAAUAUUUAGAUCAAGCUCAUUUGACAAGAGAGUAUCGACAUUCUCAGAUAAUCAGUCAGAUCAAAUUCAAAUUCAGGAUUAAAAGCCCAAGAUUUAAGGUUCUACUAGCAACACAGGUGGAGAUCCUUACUUGAGAGGAACCUGGCUGAGUAUCUAAACUAAGGAUGUAAGUGGACCAUUUUCAAUGAGUAACUAAUCGUUUGCUGAGGGGUUUGACUUGAGAUUUAUCAAUCAGCUGUAUAAUCAUAACAUUCAAAGUUCAACUGGAUUCUCUUAAUGUGACUCAGUUAAGAUUGCUCAAAUCAAAAUGUUCACCAAAUCUGAUUACUUCAAGAAAAGCUCUUCUGUUAAUAGAACUGCAGAGGUUAUUCAGGUGCAGCAGUAGCAGGAUGAGAAUAUAAUAAUUGAGAUGAGUUCAUAAAACCUUACAGUCAACUUUACAAAUAAAGGUGGGUCACAUUUUGAGUCAAGUUCAAACAGUAACAACAUCAAGUCAAGAAUUUCCAGUGUUGAAUAUACUGGUCAGCCUUUACAAAAACAAAAAGCUGUAAUCACUAGGCUUGAUAAUUAAUGCUAAUUGGUGUUUACUGUACUUAAUAGUUAGCAUAUGCUUUACUGUUAAGUUAUGUUUUCUAAUUUUGACACUUCAUUUGCUACAACCAUCAAGCUGUUUGACUUUGUAUCUCCAGAUGACUGUCCCACUUUCGACAGCAGAGGAAAGACUAAUCUCUGUAUAGACGAUGUUAUGUGGACUAACAACGAUGCAUUUGUACUUAUCAUAUUCAACUCAUGCUCAUUUGCCGUAUUGCCGAGAUUAGGCAGCUCUCUCAUUCAGAUCUUCAAUCCCACAAUUCUGAACAUAUCUCAAAAGAUGGUAGAGUAGUUCACACAUUACAAAAAUCCCAAGAAAUUCAAUGAACUUAUCCUUCCAAUGUAAUUGCAAUAAAAGAAUCCCUAGGUCAAAUCUGUUUUAUCACUGAACAAGAAAACCAUAACUCUGCAUCCAUUUGAAGAUUCCUUCAUAAUCAGUGACGGCCAAAUGUGCUUUAUAUUUAGAAUCGAGUUUGAACCUGAGCUAACUGACCUAUUUAGCAAGACCAAUAUGAGCUACUAUUUCUUAAGAUUUUGCAUAUCUCUUGACAGAUUGGCAAUUGAUCCUGAUAUCCUUGAGAAAAUUCCGCAGCUUCUAACGAAUAAGCUUCCGCUAUUUGAAUUUGAGAAAAACGCAGAGCUAGAUGAGGAGGAAGACCCUGGCCAAGUUAUUAUGACUGCAUCUUAAAUUAAUCCCUAUGACAACAACGCUAAAAGAAUGGAAACUAAUUAGAGUUUUAAUGCUGAAUUCACCCUUGACUGCCAGACAGUUCUACUAAAUUUAAAGCAUCUCUUAAUGGGGUUAAGAUGGAACAAAAAUUCACCUAUCAAUUAUUAUCAGUGGCUUAUUACAGUAGUUAAUGACUGCUUUUUCUACUUCCUCAAGAAUUCUGAACCUAUUUAUGCUUUCCAUGCACUUAGAAUUGCUGAGGCCUACUGCAAGAAGAACCUGUUCUUGACUGAGUCAGAUUAAGACAUGGAUAUAUUUGAGGUUAGAAACUAAGAGUUUCACUCUAAAAGAGACAGCGACUUCACCAACUUCGACACAUUGAAGAAAUUCUUUGAUGCAGUGCAUGAUAUGUAUGACUAUCAUAAUACUCACGAGUAUAUGUCUAAGUCAACUGCUGAAAAACUGCUCAUUAAAUACGACAUGUUUGAAAGACUUCCUACAAAGUUAUCAAGGGGAAGUGGCAACUGGAGAUUCUAAUUCACUAAGAACUAUACUCUAUUAGUCUAUUAUAGCUUGAUCCAAUUCAGAAAUUAUUAAGCUGCAAAUUUCAAUAUACUAUUCCUCGUUUUUGCUUGCUAUAUCUUACAAAGAUAUCUUGACUCUAUGUUUUCUCAUCAUUUACAAAGAAUUAUUGAGAUUGUCUACAGAAAUUUCUAGCUACAAAAGAAAUCUGAUGACUAUGAACUGUUCCUCGGAAAGUCAGGGAAGAAUUAUAUCAUUGGUCCAGCUGAAAAAAUGAAGUAGUAUUAGGAUUGGGUAAAUCUGGUACUUAAGUUCAGUCUUGAGCAUAUUAGCCAACUUUAUGAGCAGGAAAACAUGGAAAAUAUAAUGGACACAUGUUCCAAUGAGUUAAUUAGCAACCAUGACAAGGUAGAAAAGAAUAUCGGUUAUUUAGGAGAAACUGGCUCAUUGUUAAAAUGGCUGCAAAAUGUCAAUUAGGUCUAUAUAAUAAAUGAGAAUGCGAGUGAUAUCCCAACUUUAGAGAUUAAACAAAUGAUUUCAAGGCUGAAUGAGUAAGAGAACUAAUUUUCUGUUAAUGCAAGGCUCAUAAAUUUCAACAUUAGUGCCUCUUUGCACAUACUCAUGGAGCUGCAUAAAAGGAACUAUUUAAUGAACUAAAAUUAAUCAAUCAACAUCAUUAAUUUGUAUGAAGCUUUGCACAGGAUUGUUAUAGAUUGUACCUCAAUAACUGAUAAUGAUGUGUAACUGCAUGACUAAUUUCAUAUCAUACUCAACAAUAAUUUCUAGCGAUCUACUAAAGAUAUCUCUGAUGUCUGUCUUAUUCCUCAAUUUUAAGAUAUGAAGGAGGCUCAUCAAAGAUAAGUUAUGGCGGUGGUGUAUUUCUAUCUAAAUGAUAUCAGUUCUGGAGUUAACAUCUUAGACAGCUAAAAUCCUAUUGAUAACAGCCUCUUUAAAAUCUUAGUACUCUCUACUGCAAUAAAGCAGUCAUUAAGACAACUAGAAGUUAUUAAUAUUUAAAAUAAAGAGCUAGAAAAUUCACUUUUAAACUCAACUAGCCAAAUUAGAUUGAUUUAGUAGAAGGCUAAUUGUGUAUAGACUGUUAAAAAGUCAAUCAAAUUUCUUAAAUGUUAAUUUCAGGAGCUCUAUACAAAUUAAAAGAUAAGGGAAAAUGGCAGAGGAAUAACUGAUUCUCUUUGGGCAUCAUUAUUAAUGCUACCUAAUAAUACAUCCCCUAUUCUUAGAGAGGAGCUUUCUCAUUAAUCUUUGAAAAAACUAAACAAGAUACUUAAAUAUCUAAAGAUAAACAGUCCUCUACUAAAGCAAAAUAAUACUUUUAGAAAUUAGCAAGACGAUGAAGACCUAGAUUCAGAUAAAUCUUUAUUUAAUUAAACUUUCAGUAAGCUAUUCGGACCUAAAGCUUCACAGAUCUUGCAGAGUUUCAUAAAUAAUGAUAAAAUUAUGCAACUCUUUAGAAACCUAUUUGAGCAGUGCUUAAUAUCUAUAGUAAAUCAGGAAAAUGGAUUUUCCCUAGUAAAUCUUAUAGAUGAUGAGCUGGUAUAUGAAGUUGAUAAAGAAAUCAGCAAUUAAGACAAUGAAAAAUUAAAACAGAUAUCAAGCCUAAUAACUUCAGAUUUCAAGAAAUUUACUAAGAUAUGCGUUUACCUAAAGAAUCUCAUAAGUAUGCUCAAUUAUGAAAGCUAGAUCCUAAAUCAAACUUAAAAGCUAAUCCUCUGCCAAUAAGCUAAGAUCAAUAAUAAAACACAGCUUGAAUACUUCAGAUGCCUAAUUAUAUUAUCAUAGUUUGACAAGUACCAAAAUUCUUAGCUUCUGAUUUCAAAAGCCUUCAUACUCAUCAAGCCAUUAAUGAAAGCUGAGAAUUAAAUGUUUCUGUCCUUAUAGUUGAAUGGUAUAUAAUAUUCAACACUUAAUAGAUCAAACAAGCAAAAGAUAUCCUAGAUAUUAGACAUAGCAAAGUAGUAAAAGGAUACACUAGGAGAGCUGGUUUAGAAUCUCGAAAAUUUUAUAUUUUCUGAAAAAGAUGGUCUUCCACUUGAAAUAACUAUUAAGGACUACUAUCCAGAUUUGAUAUCGUAGAUUAAUAAUGAACUUAAAAUAUAUUAACAAAUGAGUCGUGGAGAGAACAUUUGUAAGAGAAUGAAAAUGAUUUUAUUUGAAAGAAGCAUAUAAGCUCGAGAAAUUUUUGGAAUAUCUUUUGACUACUCGCUAUUUUAUGAAAAAGCAACUUUUGAAAGAAGGUUCGGGAAUAUAUUUGGUCUGAAUGAUAGCACCUUAGAUAAGUUCAAAGGAUUAAUUUAAAAAUAAGAAUCAAAGAGGAAAUAACAGCAGCAAGAGAAGUAUGAUGGUUAGUAGCUAAGCUUUAGAGGAAGAGAGCAGAGCGGCGUUCAUUCAUCUGCAGAUACUUACAGACCAAUAAUUGUUCUUGAAAGUCCUGGCAGGGUUUUAAAUCAAGGUGAGAGUCCUGCUUAGUCAAGUGAAAUACUCCAUAAUCUUAUGAAAAGAAGAUAAUUGGGAAUGCCUUAGACACCCUAGAAAGAUAAGAAUAAAAUCACAAUAACGGGAACUAUGGUAAAAAUGAUUUAGGAAGGGUAAAAGCCAAUUAAUCAUAGCAGAAAAGUGUCAAAAAUGAUUGAAAAAUCUCCUACUUUAAGACAGGGCAGAUAAGAUAAAUCAAUAGACUUCGAUAAUAGAGAGCAUGGUACAGCCAAUGUUAUGAAAAUUACAAAGAGAAGAGACUCUAUCAAGAGAUAGUUUGUAAUCCUUAACAAUCCUCCUUAGUAGAAAUAAGAAGGUGAGGAAGAAGGAUAAUAAAGAUAAAAUCCUCUAUAGAAAAAAGCUUAGCAUCGCAAAGGCUAAAUGUCCAUGGUCCCUACUGGUCCUUAGAUAAACUUCAAUCUAAGAAACCAAAAGAUUUUAGAUUAAAAUGCUACAAACAAUAAUGCUGAAAAACCUCCAGAAAAGAAGUAAGGUCCUCCUCCUGGCCUUCCUAAAGCAGGAAUUCCAUCUUCACGAAGGGCUAAAAUUCAGAAUGCCAAAAAGAAUUCAUAAAGAGAGGAUAGAGAUACGAAACUUUAAAAACUUGUAUAAAAUGUUCAAAGAUAUUUACUAAGAUCGGCAAUUAGCAUAUGGUCAAACAAAGAGCUGAGUCCAGGUAAACACUAUGAGAGUCCGAGAACUAAAAAUCCUUAAAAUAUUGACAACUAGGAAUUCUAAAAAAAGGUAGGACCAUUCUAAAGUGCUUAAAAGCUCAAGUCUGGAAAGGGAGGUUUUAAUCUCAUGCUAGUUAAGAAAGAUGGAGACAACUACACAGUCUAAGAUGCAAAGCAUGUUUUGAAAAAUGCAAAUAAAAAUCAAUCAAUUUCAAUUCCUGCAAGCUAAGUUUUAUAGCCUCCAACUCUUAUGGCUUAAAAAAGUGAAGUUACAAAAAUUGAUAAUAUCUAGAAUCAAUAGCCAACUUAAUAAUUAACAAAACAGAUCAUUAAUGCAAAACCUUUUCAGUUUAUUAGAGUAUAAAGCACACAACUAGCCUAAGGAAAAUAAAAAACAGAAAAUGAAAACAUGAAAAGCGAAGGAGUUGAGUAAAAAUAAACUACCGCCAAGAUCUAGAUCAUCAAGCAUUAAGAGCCUUAACAAAUCAAUACUCAAGUAAAGCCGAAAUAGAUUAUUAAUUUAUAGCAACUAUAGUAAUAGUAACAAGCGAAAAACAAAUCCAAGAAAAAUUAGAGCUCCAAAGAGCAGUAUUUGAACUUUAUCGUAAGUAUACUUUUUUAUCUUAAUGACAUUUUAUAGUAAAAGUACAAGCAGAUAUCUGAAAAGAUAGAUAAGGUUUAGAAAGAUGCGAACCAGCUUAAUAGUGAUUUCUAAAAAUUGAAUUGA